CCUAUUUAAGAGUCUGGAACGCCAGAAGACGACCAAUAGGUUGGACGUGGCAAGCGCUUGAUUGUGACUCGGCUCGCCAUGCAAGCGCAAGACGGCCGCGCUCUGUGGAGGGCGGCGCUUCUAUGGACGCUUCUCUGCGGAGGAGGCGCCAGUGAUAACUGCACCAGCCGCCGAUGUCUGGCCAACGAUCUGGUCAACAGAAAACUAAUAACUCAGCCACAGAGUGAAAAUUGCUCUGAGUACAUCUACGUGUCAUCCAUCGAGUAUCAGACCAUCAAAGUUGACACAAAGAACCUCCGUCUCGGCUGCCGUUUACAGGCGACAAUUGUAAGCAACGAGACGCGUGGUUCAAAAUGGAGUGACGUCGAGCCAAUGUUCAGGUCGGCCGUUAACUCGGAUCGCACCCGCAGGAAUGGACAGAUUACGAUUUGUACUGGGACCCGUCCGUUUACCCCUAUGAGGAGCAUAUCGUCAAGCACGCAGAACAGGUUCCGUGACCUGAUUGUGUUCAGCAACGGCACCCUGCGCCACCGUGUGGUGAUGGCAGCUGAGGUCAACUGCGAGUUCAACCUCUUCAACUACCCCUUUGCUGAGGACGAAUGUCCCGUGGCCAUCCAGACCUGGUCUUCCCAAGGAUGCGGCACCUUCAUGGAGAUCGGCGAGGUGGCGGUGUAUGAUGGCAGCCACGGCGACUGGGAAACCUUGGGCGCUUACCUGGAAUCGCCAUCCGAUGAACAAUUCUAUAUCUCGGUGAUCUUGAAGAUCCGGCAGCAGAACCCCUUUAUCACGCUAAUGCUUCCUAGCAUUCUGCUCAUCCUGGCCGACAUGGUGAGCUUCGCCUUGCCGCUGGGCUGCGGCGAGCGCAAUUCCUUCAAGGUCACGCUGGUGCUCAGCUUCACUAUGUUCCUGCUCAUCCUCAACGACCAGCUGCCCGGUGACAGCGAGUGCACUCCCGUCAUAAAGAACCACUUUUGCGUGUGCCUGGUCUUGCUGGUGGUGAGCAUGCUGGUGUCCAUGGUCCUGACACGGGUGGCCAUGGACGGAGGCCUCAUCUUCUGCUGCUCCUCCGGAAGAGCCAAAGCUGGUGACGGGCAGAGAAGGGCUGACCAGGAUGACAAAGCGGACAUGAGUGUCAUCCGGCUGGACAACUCUGAGGAACAGCAGAUGCACAGAAAGUUGAUGGACUUCCUGGAUGCCAUCAAAGCCAAGGAAGCGGAGUGCGAGCGCAACAAGGCGCUCGCAGACAGGAUUGACAAAACCUUUUUCUGGUUCUAUUUCAUUCUGGGCACACUGUACUUUUGCGCUAUGAUUGUGGUGAUGGUGAAAUACAAAUGCGAAGUGGACCACUUGGAUUUCUGGUAAAAGCCAGUGGUGCCAAGUAA